AUGGAGUCUAAAGAUCACGGCGUACCGGAGGAGAGAAAGUCCUUCGACAGCAUCAACAAGGACAAUGUCUCCAUUACACAGACGGGUUUCAUCACCUCUCUUGACGCCAAGAAGGAAAGAGCAGUAGUAUGGAAGCUAGACUUGCAUCUACUGCCUCUUCUUGCCAUCAUGUAUCUGUUCAACUCUCUAGACAAGUCAAACAUGGGCAACGCCAAAACUGCUGGUCUCUCCAAGGAUCUCCAUCUUCAUGGUAACCAAUACAAUCUCAUCUUGUCGAUCUUCUACGUGCCUUACGUGCUUACUGCACCCUUCCUUGCUGCAUUGGGAAAGAAGUAUGGUCCUAGCAGAGUCUUGCCAUGCAUGAUGUUCGGCUUUGGCACUUGCACACUUCUUGUUGUUGCCGUGCACAACUUUGCUGGCUUGAUGGCUAUCCGCUGGUUCUUGGGCAUGUGCGAGAGUGCUUUCUUCCCUCUCGUCAUCUACUACCAGACCAUGUUCUACCGCAGAGGCGAACUGGCCCGCAGACUCGCUAUCUUCUAUGCCGCACAGUCAAUCGCCGGCGCCUUCUCUGGUCUGAUCGCCUUUGGUGUUUUCCAUGUCCAUGGCGGUGCUCUCGCAAACUGGCGUUAUCUCUUUGUCAUUGAGGGAUCCGCCACCAUGAUUGUUUCGGUCAUCGCUUUCUGGUUCCUGCCUCGCUCCGCUGCCGAAGCCCGCUUCUUGACACCCGAGGAGAAGGAGAUCGCCAUCCACCGUAUUCAAGUCGAUAGUUCGUCUGUCGUCAACGAGGAAUUCAAGUUGGGCAGAGCUCUCACCAUCUUCAAGCAACCCACCACUUGGGCUUUCUUGCUCAUUGAGAUUUGCUUGGGUGUACCUUUGCAGGGUGUCCAGCUCUUCCUGCCUCAAAUUGUGCAGCGAGUGGUAAAAGGAACUAUCAAGACCAACUUGUACACUGUCGCACCCAACAUCACUGGCGCAGUCAUGCUGCUCAUCCUUGGUUUCUGUUCCGAUCUGACUCGCUGGAGAUUCCCCUUCAUCGCUCUUGGUUUCUUCUUCACCUUCUGCGGUUUCAUCAUCUUCUCGGCUAUUGACGUCAAGCACUCAGUGAACACGGCGUACUUUGCUACCUUCAUGAUGACCUGGGGAACAUCAGCGCCUUCAGUCUUGCUCGAUGUCUGGUACUGCAACAACAUUGCCGACGAGAACAAGAGAGCAGUGUUGACCUCCAUUGCCGUGCCAAUGGCCAACAUUAUGGGUGUUUUGGCUUCGAACAUCUUCUUGCCAAAGCAAGCACCUAAGUACAUGACUGCCCUCGUUACCAUUGCCACGUUUGGUGGCACUGGUCUUGUGUUGACUCUGCUGCUUGGUGUGUGGAUGAUUUACGACAACCGUCGUCGCGAUAGGGCUCAGGGUGUCAAUCUCAGAGCUGCUGAUGUGCCUACUGAGAAGUUGGGUGACGGACCUGCUGCGGAUGAGUUCAGAUGGUUCUACUAA